AUGCCUGCACAAAAGUUCAAUCGUUUGUGUCCUAAAUUUAGACUUGACAAUAAAGAAAUAAUAAUUCAUCCCAAACACACUAUAUCAAUAGCCAGCUAUGCAGAAGAUCAUAAGGAGUUUUUGCCAUUAGAGUGCGACGCAAUCUUGUUGGAUAUCUUACUGUUUAUUAGCCUUCUUACGCAUAUCAUAUCAUAUCAUAUCUUUCUCUCACUUACGUAUUCCCAGAGUUCGACGGCACCAGCCAACUAUUUGAAAAAUACGCGUCCGGAGCAAUAUGAUAUUACACAAUACGAUUUGGUCAUUUGUAAAAAGAAUCUGACAACAAAAAGUGUAGCCCACACGGUACUGGCCGCUCUAAAGAUUGACCUUAAGAAUGCUCGCAGAAACACACUGAAAUUAAGCUUUUGGGACGAUUUAGCCCAAAUCAUCGAAAAGAAUCACCUCAAAAAGCAUGAGUUUCAGUCUCCUAAGGAAGACGACAAGAUCUGCUUCAAAGGAUCAAAGCUGAGCAUAGGAACACUCAUAGAGACAAAAGCUGUAGACUAUCAGCAAAAAUAUUUGGUCGGGUCAAAAGUCAAUGAACAAUGUAAAUGA